AUGGGAGACAUGAGCAAAAAGGGGCAUCGCACUGAGGACAAAUGCGAGGUUAAGGAUCUCUCAGAGGAGAAUCUGGAUAUACUGAAUCCAGAGGAGGAGGUCAAGGCGGACAAGGAGGAAGUGGACAACAAAACAACAUCCUCUGAGGAAGAGGACGUGGAAGGAGAGGUGGUGGUUACAACAAUUGUCAAAAUAUUGAUAAAAGAAACAUUAAGUGCUAUAAUUGGCAUAAGUUUGGCCACUAUAGCAACGAGUGUUGGGGGCAACAACAAGAAAAGUUCCGGCCGCCGCCAUCCACAGUUCCGGCCACCUCCCACAGCUUCGACACCACCACGUUCUUCAUCUCUCCGGCAAAGCCAAGUUUCUGUCUGCAACCUCUCCAGGACCCGAACUCCUUACAAGCCCAUAACCGCCACUCCGGAAGAACCUCACAGAGACAUUCCAAGCAGGUCCAGCCACAUCAGCUCCCCAACUUGCAACACCCACAAGCAGCCUCCCUCAACUCCGGUCAUCCCCAUUGUCUCUGGCCAACAUCAGACAGCGGCCACAACCUCCCCUGUUCCAGUCACACACCCCACGGCCACGCUACGUCCUCGCCACCGCAGGACCACGCCAUCGCCGCCUCACUCCGGGAGGCCCCAUCUCAUACCAAGAGCUCCACAACAACCCCCCAGCAGCAACCUGCUACCAACCCGCUGCACCACCACCGUCGUCAUCCCCCAAGGCCGUCGCUCCUCAGACUCCGACAUCGUUGCCUCUCAUCACUCGCUCCCGCAGCCGUCGCCGGCAUCGUUGUCGUCUCCGGUAUCCUCCCCUGUUCCAACCACCCGAAGCCACCUUCGUCCCCGGCGGUGA